AUGGAUCCCACCCGCACGGAGUCCAAAGCGGCCGGCCAUGUCUUCGGCGAUGCGGCCGAGGAGGAUCUCACGCUAGAGCAUCUGGGAUACCAGCCGGAGUUCAAGCGGUCGUUCAGCUUCCUGGAUAUGGUCGGAUUCAGCUUCAGCAUUGUCACCUGCUGGACCGCGCUGAGCGGCGUCCUGAUCAUCGGCGUCACGUCUGGCGGGCCCCCGGUCAUGAUCUUCGGGUGGAUUGGGGUCUGCGUCUGCACCGCAACGGUAGCGCUGGCCAUGGCAGAGAUGUGCUCGCGCUGGCCGGUCGCUGGCGGCCAAUAUUCAUGGGUUGCGCUGCUGGCGCCGGGCAGAAUCGCCCGGCUCAUGUCGUAUGUCACCGGCUGGUUCAUGCUGAUGGGUAUUCUGGCCAUGGGCGCGGUCAACAACUCCAUCGCAGCGCAGUUCAUCCUCGGCCAGGCCAAUCUGGUCUUCCCGGAAUACACGAUUCAGCGCUGGCAGGCCGUGCUGGUCGAGUACCUGGUUGCGUUCUGGGGCACGGCUGUCAAUCUCGGCGCUCCUCAUCUGCUCAGCCACCUUUCCCGCGCCAUUCUGCUGUGGAAUCUGCUCUCAUUCAUCGUCAUCACCAUUGUCUUGCUGGCGACGAACGAUCACAAGCAGAGCGGCGCGUUCGUGUUUCGAGAAUUCCAGAACUCGUCGGGCUUUGGUUCCGGCAUGGCCGCCAUCAUCGGGAUUGUCCAGAGCUUCUUCGGCAUGUGCUGCUAUGAUACUCCAGCCCACAUGACGGAGGAGAUGAAGCGUCCUUCGCGAGAUGCGCCCCGUGCCAUCGUCAUGGCGGUUGGACUGGGAGCGGUAACGGGAUUCGUCUUCUUGAUUACCCUCUGCUUCUGCAUUGGCGAUAUUGACACCACGGCCAAGUCCUCCACGGGUGUCCCUGUCAUUCAGAUCUUCUACGACUCGACCAACAGCAAGGCCGGCACCUGCAUCAUGGCCAGCAUGAUCAGCAUCAUCGUGCUCGUGUGCUCCGUGAGCCUGGUUGCAGAGGGAUCCCGGUCCCUCUUCGCCUUUGCCCGAGACAACGGGCUUCCCUUCUCCCAUGUCCUGUCGCGCGUGGAGAAGCGUCGGAAGAUCCCCAUCUAUUCCAUCAUCGUGACCGUCCUGGUGCAGAUGGCCUUUAACUCGAUCUAUUUCGGCACCGAAACCGGGUUCAAUACAAUCAUAACAACAGCAAGCACUGGAUUCUAUGCCUCGUACGGUCUGACCCUCCUGGCACGCCUGCUGGGAUACUUUUUCGGGGGGGAUGCCGUCUCAUUCACCGGUCCCUUCUCCUUCUCGUUGCCCGUUUCCCUUUCGCUCAACGCGUUCGGUUUCCUCUUCCUGUCCUUCGCUUUCAUCACCUUCAACUUCCCCGAGGAGUCCCCGGUCAACGAAGAGAGCAUGAACUACACCAGUGCAGCCAUCGGCAUUAUUGGUCUCCUGGCCAUGGCGACAUGGUUUACCACUGCUCGCAAGCGGUUCACUGGUCCUUCCGAGGUACGGGGUCUCGUUGUGCAGGGGGUUGCUGUCCCACCGGCCGCAGCAGAGAAUGAGCCAACGCCGGAGAAGAAGCAGUAGGAGGGCUAUAAUAGACCGAAGCGCGUUGAACUGCCUACUUUUCUCUAGUCUCCUGUCCAUAGUUUCGCGCCAUGGGUUUAAAUUUGUAUGGAUUGUGCAACUAAAAGCUACCGAGUGUCUAUAUCUAUAUAUCUUUACGAGCAUGCAUGCUAUAUUUGGUCCUAAGCGUCUUGCCGAACUGGACCUCUGGUCAGCAACAAGUAAUAGCAGAUAUCUGCGUGCAGACAGCACUCACCCCGUACAGCGCGAACGGUAUCGGAAUGAACACGACAGAUAUGAAACCCAAAGUAGAGCUUGCCCAACCCACACCAAGGUUCUUAUACAUCGCCGACGCAAAGAGCGGGAACCCGGUCCCGAACAAAGCACGGAAGAGGUUGUUCCCUGCCAGAACAGAAGCGGCGUAUAACGGAUACGCGUCGGCUAGAUAGUUGAAAAUAGAGAUGAAGAGGAGAAACGCACCGACGGAGAAGAACCCGGAACCGACGAUCGGGACGAUCCAAUGGAUACUUGGUCUGGC